AUGCAUGACGUUGUUGGAUCACAACAUGAGGAGGAGGUUCCUUUGGCAGAUGAAGAAUCUGAGGAUGAUAUUGUGGCCUUAAAUGAUGACUCGGCGGAUCAAUUGACUUUCAAUGUCACAUUGUCACCACCACACGGAACUUCCUCUUUGCCCGAGACACGCUCAACGUCAUCUACCACUCCCGCCAUUGUACCUUUUGAGGAUGACCAUAACGACGAAGGACCUUUCGUUCUAUUGCCAUCACCACGUCGCUGCCCGACGCGGGCCAACCGAUGA